CUCGGUGGCUGUGGGGGAGGAGGGAGCGGCGGGAGGCGGAGCGCGGUGCUGGGGCAGCGGCGGCGGAGAGAAGCUUGGUCCGGGGCGAAGCGGCUGUAGCGGACCCUUCUUUCCCGCUCCCUUCUUGCUGCUCGUUCUCAUCUGUGCUCGGGUUCCUAAAAACUGUGCUAUGAAUGGUGAUUCUGGUGUGGGGGUGGUGACUUCACCACCUCCAACAACAGCCCCUCAUAAAGAGAGGUAUUUUGAUCGAGUUGAUGAAAAUAAUCCGGAUUAUUUGAGAGAGAGGAACAUGGCACCUGACCUUCGCCAGGAUUUUAACAUGAUGGAGCAGAAGAAGAGAGUUUCCAUGAUUCUGCAAAGCCCAGCUUUUUGUGAAGAACUGGAAUCUAUGAUCCAGGAACAAUUUAAGAAGGGGAAGAACCCAACAGGUUUAUUGGCUUUACAGCAGAUUGCAGAUUUCAUGACAACAAAUGUACCAAAUGUGUACCCAGCAGCACCACAAGGAGGAAUGGCUGCAUUAAACAUGAGUCUUGGCAUGGUGACACCAGUGAAUGAUUUGAGGGGGUCAGAUUCCAUUGCUUAUGAAAAAGGGGAGAAGUUGUUACGAUGUAAAUUGGCAGCUUUCUACAGAUUAGCAGAUCUCUUUGGCUGGUCUCAGCUUAUUUACAAUCAUAUAACAGCCAGAGUAAACUCUGAGCAGGAGCACUUCCUCAUUGUACCUUUUGGACUCCUCUAUAGUGAAGUUACUGCAUCUAGUCUGGUUAAAAUCAAUAUUCAGGGAGAUGUAGUUGAUCGUGGAAGCACUAACUUGGGAGUAAACCAAGCUGGUUUUACUUUGCACUCUGCAAUUUACGCAGCUCGGCCUGAUGUGAAAUGCAUUGUUCAUAUCCAUACGCCAGCAGGGGCAGCGGUUUCUGCAAUGAAGUGUGGUCUCUUGCCAAUUUCACCUGAAGCACUUUCUCUAGGGGAAGUAGCUUAUCAUGACUACCAUGGUAUUUUAGUGGAUGAUGAAGAAAAGGUUGUUAUUCAGAAAAAUUUGGGACCCAAAAGCAAGGUCCUUAUUCUCAGAAAUCAUGGCUUAGUAUCUGUUGGAGAGACCGUUGAGGAGGCUUUCUACUAUAUUCAUAAUCUAGUUCUUGCCUGUGAGAUUCAAGUACGUACCCUGGCCAGUGCAGGAGGACCUGACAAUUUAGUGCUCUUAGAUCCUGGAAAGUAUAAAGCCAAGUCUCGUUCUCCUGAGUCUCCAUCAGGUGAGGGUACUGUGUCCCAUCCCAAGUGGCAGAUUGGUGAACAGGAAUUUGAAGCUCUUAUGCGAAUGCUUGAUAAUCUGGGUUACAGAACUGGCUAUCCGUAUCGAUGCCCUGCUCUGAGAGAGAAAUCUAAAAAGUACAGCGAUGUUGAGAUCCCAGCUAGUGUCACAGGUUACUCCUUUGCUAGUGAUGGCGAAUCAGGCACUUGCUCCCCCCUCAGACACAGUUUUCAGAAACAGCAGCGAGAGAAGACAAGGUGGCUGAACUCUGGCCGAGGGGAUGAUGCUUCUGAAGAAGGGCAGAAUGGCAGCAGUCCCAAGUCGAAGACUAAGGUGUGGACGAACAUUACACACGAUCACGUGAAACCCUUGCUGCAGUCUCUCUCGUCCGGUGUCUGCGUGCCAAGCUGUAUUACCAACUGCUUGUGGACUAAAGAGGAUGGACAUAGAACUGCCACCUCUGCUGUCCCUAACCUGUUUGUUCCAUUGAACACCAAUCCAAAGGAGGUCCAAGAAAUGAGGAACAAGAUACGAGAGCAAAAUUUACAAGAUAUUAAAACUGCGGGCCCUCAAUCACAGGUUCUUUCUGGGGUAGUUGUGGACAGGAGUCUCGUACAGGAUGCUCCCCUCUCAGACUGUACGGAAUCUAUUGAAGGGCUCGAUCUCACAGAGCAGGCCUUUAGUCCUGCUAAAUCUCUGUCUGUUAGAAAGGGAGAGCUGGUGACUGCAUCAAAGGCAAUAAUUGAGAAAGAAUAUCAACCAAAAGUCAUAGUGAGCACAACAGGACCAAAUCCCUUCAAUAAACUCACUGAUCGGGAGCUGGAAGAAUAUCGCAAAGAAGUAGAAAGAAAGCAGAAGGGACCAGAAGAUAAGAUAUCAAAAUGUGGAGAGACUGUGUUACUGAGACAGACACCAGCUGGGGAACAGAGUACAUUGCUUAGAAAUCAGAUCAUCAGUGAGCAAAAUACGUCAGAUAAAAAAUCUCUGGAUUUGAAAGGCAGAUCAAAAACCUUUCAAGGAACACAUACGAAGACUUUACGGGAUCGUGACGUAUCAUCACUGUCUAAAUCUUUAGAUAACACUCAGUUUCCUGCUGCAUGGGUUUCUUGUGAGACCACGCAGCAAAUCAUCACACAUCUUAACCAAGAAGAGCCAGAUGGGCAGAAGUUCACCCAUAAGGAAUUUCAUACUGCAGUGAUCAGAGCCUUAAGGUCCAAUCCUGACCUUUUGGCUGAGGCCUCAGAACCUUCAGAACAUGGCAGACAACAGAAAGAGAGAAGUCCCCCUGAUCACACCUCAGCUCGCACUCCUCCCAGUACACCCAUUAAAAUAGAGGAAGAGACACAGCAGGACCAGACUUACAAAGAUGACAGUGAUGCUGCAACUUUCAAGCAAACCCUCCCAGAUCUCACCCCUGAUGAGCCUUCAGAAGCACUCGGCUUCCCUCCCUUAGGGAAGGAGGAAGGGAGAUGUGAUGAAGUUGUGCCCAAAAGCCAAACGCAAUUGCCUGCAGUGGAAAAUAAGGAACCCCAAUCUCAAGCUGCUGAAGAGGCAGUAACACCAACAGCUGAGGAGGGGACAGCAGCUGAUGCAGGUAGUGAUGAAUCUCCAGGGAAGUCCCCAUCGAAAAAGAAAAAGAAGUUUCGCACUCCUUCCUUCCUGAAGAAGAGCAAAAAGAAGAGUGACUCCUAAAGGCCAAACACACUGCAGAAACACUGUCAUAUUUUAAAAUUUAUUAACCACUAGAAUGUACCAGAUCGUACCAAGUGUUUUGUCUUAUUAUGUAAAUGAAUGCAGCAAGUAAUCCAACCAGCCCCUCGAGUCAUGGCUUGAUUAAGAUUAUAACCCAAAACUAAUGUCCAAGAAGGUGCUAAUCUGGUGUUUUCAGCAGCUGCCACAGAUCUGAUCCCUUCUUUGUAAUCAAAUGUAAAUUACUUCCAAGUGGAAGGCUGUGAAUCACUUUUUAAUUUGAAGCCCACACUGCUUUGCAAAAGAAUAAAAAAAUUAUAUUCGCAAUUAAAAAUUAAACACACAUUGCUUACCACAAUGUUAUUUUCUAGUAUUCUGUUCCAAGUUGCAACUAAAUUUUCUUAUAUUGACUUUUGGAGAGGAUGCUUUUGCAGUGGUGAUUUCAAGGAGGGAUGUGUUCUUGAACUGACAGGUAAACUUCUGCAAGUUUGUGAUCACAAAUCAUUUUGGUCAAGCUUUGAGGCUGUCCAUUCCUUCCUCUCUUUCUUCCCUCUGAGUGUUGUAACAAAAUGAAGGUGUUUUUCACUUUAUUUUAUAACUGGCACUUGAAGUCAUCUUUGAUGUCUAGGACUGAAAUAACUGUGAUGUGUUCUGCUCAUGUUGUGUGUUGAAAGAGCCCAACCCUUUUAUUUUCUAGUAAAUACAGUUUAAAGGAAAUCUGUCUUUCAAUCACACCUCCCAGAGAAUCAGACAUAUGGUAAUUCGGCUGUUAGAAAAGGUUAAAAAGUAACUAUUAAAAGUAUUCCAGAAGUUUUUCAGCCAGUGGUGUGAAGCAUGGGCAGGUGUGUAUUUUGGGCCUUGGCACAGGGGUUUUCACCCUCUUAAAUCCCUUGGGUGCACAUGCAAACCUGUUGCAUAGAAACCCUGGUUAUGGCCUUUUGUGUUUGUUCCCUCCCAUGAUAAAAAUGAUAAUGCAUAAUGCUGAAUAUAUAAUCUUUUUUUGUAUUUUCACUUACAAAAACUGGCAUAUUUUUUUUCCUUUCCAGCAGUAAAGUACGGAAAUCUCAAGUAACUUUUAAUGUGUAUUUCCAUAGUUUGCUCUAAAUGUUUGUUUGAUAUGUAGCAUGGUAAAGAAAAUCACUUUCACCACCAAGUUCACUAUUUCCCAGUUAUUGCCAUGCUUCUGUCUAUCACUAAUAGUAACUGUAGUUUAAGAUCAGACAGGUGAAGCUUGUGGGAACUCUCCAGAAGCUGAGCACAAUUACCCCAGGCAGAACGGGGAAGGCUGGUGACCAUUUCUGGUGGUACCAGGAGGAACCACUGACACCCCAGUGAGAGGGAAAUGCACUGACUCACAGUAGGUGUCUGUAACAAACAAUAUGGAUGUAACCUUUUAGGACAAUACUAAAUAAUGCAGUUGGUAAAAGAGCAGAAAACUAAUGCCUUACACUUAGCAGAAAGCAGCGAGCGAGAGGUGGGCUGAGCAGUCGGAUGCAGCUAUGGAUGAGCAGGGCCUGCAUUAGGCUGGGAGGUGCUGACACCUCAGGCUGGUGUCAGGGAUCAGCUGGCAGGAGAAGGAGCUGUGAGGCUUCAGAGGAGAGCAGAGGCUUGGAGGUAGUGACUGAUGCCAGGAGAGCUGGGAGGUCACCUUUGUGCAGGGGUAGAGGCAGGGUGGGACAGGCAGCAGUGGAGCUGCAAACGUUCAGUCAGGACUGCAUGGCACGAAUGGCUUUCAGCUUGUACUUUAACCUUGUAUGUCCUCUGUACACUAGGAAGCAAACAAUACUUAUUUUGCUAAAUUGUGUUUUCUUGCAGGGUCAUAAUUAAAUGACUAAUUGCUAUAUGGUUCAGUUCUUUAAUGGAGUCCCUCUGUUUAUCUUGACCACUUAUGCAAUGACUCUUAGUUUCUAAUUUUGUAGUUUGUUCUUUUAAUUCUUUGUAUUACAAUAUGAAAUGUAGUUAUGUAUGGUAUGGUUACACACUUUGGGGCAGAAUAAAGUCCUGUAUUUUUCUUUCUUUCUUUCUUGUAUCAUUAAGUUCUACUCACAAAUAAAAACUCUUCAAAAGAAAA